UCCAAUGUCCAUGCUCGCGGUGCACUUCUUUCCCACGCUCCUGUGUCCUGUUGUCUCAAACUAUCGCACCCUCCUAUCCCAGACUCAUCAUAUCCUGCUGUCCCAGACUAUGAGACUAGGACACCCACUGUCCCAGACUACCGUAUACACUAGCGCCCCAGGCCUACAGUGCCCUGCCCCACCCCGGCGACACGGGCCCCCUUCUCCACAGCGGCACCGCCGGAGCGCCGCGGCCGUGACCCCCGCCCCUGCCGUCCGGACCGCCUAUAUAACGGCGGCGGCGGCACGGCUCGGCACCAGUUCUGCUCCACCCCGGAUCACACCGCACCACCAUGAAGGUCUUCAUCGUUGCCGCCGUCCUGGCCGUGGCUGCCGCCGCGCCGGCCCCGGACACCCCCGUCUACAAGCCGGCCCCGGCUCCGUACCACCCGGCCCCGGCUCCCUACAAGCCGGCCCCCUACCACCCGGCCCCGGCCUACAAGCCGGCCCCCUACCACCCGGAGCCCAAGUACAAGGAGGAGCCCAAGCCGUUCGCCUACGACUACGCCGUCAACGACCACUACACGGGCACCAACUUCGCCAAGAAGGAGGAGAGCGACGGCCACAACACCCAGGGCUACUACUCGGUGGCUCUGCCUGACGGCCGCAUCCAGCACGUCAAGUACGUCGCCGACCAUUACGGCGGAUUCAACGCCGAGGUCACCUACGAGGGCGAGGCCCAGUACCCCGAGUACCACCCGGCCCCGGCCUACAAGCCCGCUCCCUACAAGCCGGCCCCCGCCCCCUACAAGCCCGCCCCGGCUCCUUACAAGCCUGCCCCGGUCUACAAGCCCGCCUACUAAAUUGACUGCAACGCGGCAUUUCUUGUUUGUGUUGUGAUAUUUAUUGUCAACGCUCGUACCUGCGAUGUUUUAUAAUACAUGAAUACGUUUGUCUUCUA